CUCUAUGUAUCCAACGCAGUGUAAAGGAGAAGCACGAGGGCAAUUUUGUAAUCGCGUAAUAUUUCACUUGUUUUAGCAGAGGAGACUGGAGAGACGACGACGCUAACGACUGAUCUCACUAGCCAUCGUAUGCGUGGCGCAGUCUCACUACUCAGACGACUCAUUCCUCCAUUGCAAGAAUGGCCAGAAGUAUAGGAGGAUUUAUGCUGCUGCUCGCGGCAGCAUUGAUCUGCUCAGCUUUCGUCGCAUACGCUGCUUCGGUCUUUCAACCGAUAUCUGACUCCCACCGAUCUGCCGCUUUGGAUCUUUUCACGCCCCUUGAUGGGUCCUUUGGAAGUUUAGAAAAAACAUAUGAGGCUCUUCGGACGUUUGAGGUUCUUGGAAUUGAGAAAAGGCUUGAGAUAGGUUUACCAGCUUGCCGGUCUGUAUUGGAAACCUUUGGGUCGUCAUCUUCAGGAUCAAAGGAUUUAUUUUAUGCUCUAAAAGUGAAUGGAAUAUUAAAAUGUGGGAUAAGUGAGGAAGUUUUUGAGGGCAUUGUUCCAAAACUUCAAGCUGCUGUCAGCAGUGCAAGUUCAUUGCUUGAUUUCUACCAUUCAACAGGAAGUUUGACACUUCUAAAGGAUCAAACAUCUAAAGAUGAUCUACAUCUUGGAGAUGCUGAAGGAAUUUUUCGCUCCAUCAAGGCUUUGAGCCAGAGUGAUGGAAGAUGGCGUUAUAGUUCUAAUAAACCUGAUUCUAGUACCUUUGCUGCAGGUUUAGCACUUGAGGCUCUUGCUGGAGUGGUCUCAUUAUCAUCCUCUGAGAUAGAUGAAUCUCUGAUUGCUACAACUAAAAAUGAUAUAGUGAAGUUGUUUGACAUCAUUGAGAAGUAUGAUGAUGGGGCUUUUUACUUUGAUGAGAAACUGGUUGAUGAGCAUGAACAUCAAGGUCCUCUUUCAACUACAUCCUCUGUUGUUAGAGGAUUGACUGCAUUUGCAGCUGUAACUUCAGGAAGCUUGAAUCUUUCUGGAGAUAAAAUUGUGGGUUUGGCUAAGUUUUUCCUGGGCAUUGGUAUUCCUGGCGAUUCUAAAGAUCUAUUCAAUCAAAUUGACUCCUUGGCUUGCCUGGAGAACAGUAGGGUUUCCAUCCCUCUGAUUCUAUCACUUCCUGCAACUGUGCUUUCACUGACUAAGAUGGACAUGCUUAAGGUUAAGGUGAAUUCUGCUCUUGGUUCAAGUGCACCUCCUCUCACUGUGAAACUUGUACAAGUUCUCAGUUCUGGGUCAAAGGAUACUUCCGUAUUUGACAACCAGGAACUCAAAUUUGAUCCUGAAAGUGCAGAGUAUUUUUUGGAUGCUCUACCAAAGAGUGUUGAUGUUGGAAGUUAUACUUUUGUUUUUGAGACGGUGCUUCAUGAUCCUGAGCAUAAAAAAGUUUAUACCACGGGAAGCCAAACUCAAGUUCCAAUAUUUUUCACUGGAGUUAUCAAAGUUGAUAAUGCUGAAAUUGAAGUGCUUGACAGCGACUUGGGGAUUGUAGACACUAAAAGGAAGCUAGAUUUAGCUGGAGAAAAUCUUGUCUCGUUGUCAGCAAACCACCUCCAGAAGCUACACCUGUCUUUUCAGUUGACCACCCUUCUUGGCCAUGCUUUUGAGCCACACCAGGCAAUUCUUAAGUUGAGACAUGACACUGGUGUUGAGCAUAUCUUUUUGAUUGGGAACACUGGGAAGAAGUUUGAGAUAACUCUAGAUUUUCUUGGACUGGUUGAGAAAUUCUUCUAUCUAUCUGGUAAAUAUGACCUUCAGCUUACUGUUGGUGAUGCUGUAAUGGAGAACUCUUUCCUUAGUGCCAUUGGUAGUGUUGAACUCAACCUACCAGAACCACCCGAAAAGGCACCCCGUCCACCCCCACAGCCUGUUGACCCUUACUCAAGGUAUUAUCCAAAAGCGGAGAUAACCCACAUAUUUAGGGCACCAGAUAAGCGUCCACCUGAGGAGCUCUCUCUUACUUUCUUGGGUCUUACACUUUUGCCAUUCAUUGGAUUCUUAAUUGGGCUAUUACGACUGGGAGUGAACCUGAAGAACUUUCCUUCUGCAUCUGUGCCUGCUAUAUUUGCCAUCCUCUUCCAUGUUGGAAUUGCUGCAGUUCUGUUGCUCUAUGUGCUUUUCUGGCUGAAGUUGGAUCUUUUCACAACAUUGAAAGGACUUGGUCUCUUGGGAGCUUUCCUGAUGUUCGUUGGACACAGAGUCCUGUCCCAUCUGGCCUCAACAUCAGUCAAGUUGAAAUCUGCUUGAAGAUAACGAAAACGGUAUUAUUUAAAAGGUGACUUAGGAUCUGUGAGCAAAUUUCCAACAGAGUGAAACAGUAUUAAACAUUUUUACACAUUUUUGUAGGCUGUAUUUCGUGAACUACUUGCCAUCUGGCGAGGUUUUUAUGACAGGUGAAAAGGGUUUUAAAAAAAAGUCAACUUCUUGACUUUCCGAUGUUUUGCAUUUGUAGUACUGAGGAAUAUUAUUCUAUAAAAUUUACAGCAGUGUGAAACAACCAAAA